UCACUCUUCCCACAAUGCUCCAUUUAUUUACAAUAUGUCUGCGCCCAUGAAGCUACUCGUGUUGACCGUCUACCACUGAGUUUGGACUCAGUUUUCCCAGCAGUCGGGAAUUCCGUUGGUCAUUAUGAAGCGUAAAGGAGAGAAUCCGUCACAGGAAAAUGUUGAAAAACGGCGAAAAGAGCAAAUCCCGACAGAAAAUGAAAAUUACACACAUUUGAACUUUAAACUCGAGCUGCGAGAUGCAACCACGAUUUUCAUCGCUCUUGAAAAGUUCAUACAGCAAGCUAAAGGAUAUCUAGAAGGUGUACGCAGUGAAGAUAUAGCUGCAAAUUACUGCCGAUCAUCACCAGAAUGUCAAGAAAUAUUUCAGAUAUUGGAGGCAGGGAAAAGAAAACCACAGGAAUAUGCCUUGAUAUUCGAAACCUUAGAAUGUUUGCUUCUAAGAUUUGGAGAUGACCUCAGUAACUUGAAAACUGUUGGCCAUAGUUUAGUGAGACGGCUACUGGCAGGUCAUAUGGGUGCCAUCUUUAGUAUGUUAUGGCCCAGCAACAAGGCUAGUCACAUAAAGGCCAGCUUGAAGUUACUCACUUCAAUGGUUAUGCUAAGUGACAGUACAGCAAGAGAUGUUCAGGCACAGUUUGAUUUUACACACCAAGCUCUACCUGCACUGUUACUCAGAAGAAAUAUUCAGGACCCUCAAGAUAUUCGCACCUGUCUGCUACAGUUCAUUAUGUCAUUUUUGAAUAGUGGAGACAGCAGUGUGGUUCGUCAGUUAGUUGAGCAGAAAGGAUUUCUCAAUAGCAUAUUUUUUGGCAUGGUUAAUGACAGACUGUCCACAGUGCAGUUAAUACUUGGAACAUUACAAGAAAAGGUUGUUCUUAACCCUUAUAUCAGCAAAACUGCAAAGAUCCGUCUGUUCAAUGACAAUAUUUUGAAGCAGCUGCUUCAGCUGUACAAAUGGAAAGGACCGACAAAAUGGAAAGCUUCACAAGAAGAUGCCAUGGAGCAAGAGAUAGAAAUAGAGGAGGAUGAAAAUGAGGACAGAAAAGUUGUCAGGGAGCAAGUGCACUCUUUUCUCUUGGAAAUAUGCUGUUCAAUAAAAACAGGAAUUAAUUUUUAUGACAAGUCAAUUGGAACAUCUGGAAAAAAUAUGAAUCAUGUUUUGACCAACUUCCUUGUCUCAAUCACCAAACCAUAUGAACAGCCAUUGAUCCAAGAACUGGUGGUUUCUGUUCUUACAACUUGCCCUGAUCAACUGGGAAGAUAUCUCCCUACAUUGCAACAUCAUUUUGUGCCAAGAGUAUCUGCUAAGUGGAUCGCUGCUUUGGAAUUUCUUCACAAGGUUUAUUCAGUUUUGCCAGAACUUUCAUCUUUUCUCAAGCCAACAGAGCAUGUUCCACCUCAGCGACUGGUUGCUAUGGCAAUGACCUUAACAGUUCCUCCUGCAGCGAUAAUGAACUUGAUUACACAAGCAGUCAAGAAACCCAGUCCCAUCUUAAGGAGUGCUGUCCUGAAACUGGUGUUGCUGAUAACAGAAAAAUUCCAGAGAAACAUAGCAAGCUGUACUGGAGGGGAUGGGAAAAGUGCUUGGGCAACAUAUACAGCAAAAGAUAAACAGGACUUCACAGAAAGUUACACAGAAACUAUGAUAAAGGUAUUGCCAAGUCUGGUUAGCAUUGUUAAGUCCUGGGCAGAUCUAACAGGCAAAAGUGCAACAGAAACAAGCCAUACUGUGGUUGAUGAUGACAGUGAUUUAGUAGUUGAUUCAGAUCUAACUGUCAAAGAUGUUGAAAUUGGAGUGUAUAUGUCCAGAAUUCUACAAACCUUCUGCUGCUACCAGUUGAAUUUUCCUGGACUGCUGUCAGUAUACACUAUAGACUUUAGUAGCAUGUUAGAAGGGAUUAAAGCAAGGGAAGCUGAUUUAUCACUGGAAGAAAAGUCUGCUCUACAGUUGCAUGUGCUUCAGCUUUUGGCCAAUUCUGACAGCAGGAAAGUGAACUGGAAUAAACAGAGUGAGAAGGGCAGAUCUAUGAUGUAUCUGCUCAUGGAGAUGGUGGUGACAUCUGCAGGAAACGAGGAACUUGGGGAACUAACCAAGGCUUUAUUGGUUAAGAUGUUGGUAAACACUGGUUUGUUUGAAGAUAAUGAAGCUGAACUGAAAUUAUGGCUGAAGAGACUGGAAACGACUCCUGUGAAUAAUCAAAUAUCAGUUUUAACAUUUCUGGAAAAGACAGCACUGACUUUGCUAAGCAAUCCGUACCCUUAUGCCGAUAGGAUAAUUGAAGCUGUGUCAAAAUCAGCACAGAUGGGGCAAAGUAACAAUGAUGAAAUGGAAACUGGAGAAGAUAUUCUUAAAGAGAUUCUAGAAUUGGAGAGCAUACCCCUGCAAGGAGAUGGAGAGAUGGAAGAGAAUUGCCAGGAAAGUGCACAAGAAGUACACACAGUAGAAAGGUCGCCAUUUAGUCCCCUUGUGCCUGUUGCACUGUCUUUACUGCCUGUGAAGGAGCGAAAUGCAGAAG